AUGUUGUUCAGAAUCCGUCUCGAGAAAGAGCGCCAAGGACAGUGCACAUCAAUUGAGGACAAGAUGAAACGGCUUCAGAAACAUCAAGCUCUCGAGGCAGAACUGGCAGCGAAUCGCAAGCGAAUCGAUCAGGUACUUCAAAGAGGAAAGGAGCUACACGCAAAACACAGAGACGCCGGGAUUACCUCUCGUUGCGAUGGACUCUACAGCCGUUGGAUGGCCCUUGUAGAUGCAUGCGCAGAACAAUCGCGUGCCUUGGAAGAAGCUAGAGAUCUGCUUACGUUCCGACAGUUGGUCGAGCGUGUGCUAUCAUGGGCUCACGAACGAGAACUGAUGGUAACUGCAGGAGAAAUGGGACGUGAUCUGGAGCACUGCAAACUCCUGAUUGAUCGGCUGGAUGGAACCAAGGCCGAUUCGUCGGUAGAUGAGCAGACGCUCGAACAAAUCAAUCGCCUCGGGGAAAAACUUAUCGGCCAAGGAAGAACCAGUCGUGAAGAGGUGCAACAGCAGCAACAGAAUCUGAAUCACACGUGGAAUGCGCUUCACGGAAAAUUGGCAGCUUAUCGAAGAGAGCUCGCUGCUGCAUUGGAAGUCCAUGCGUUCAACCGUGAUGUCGACGACACCAACGAGAGAAUUCAUGAAAAAAUUGCUGCUAUGCGUAGCGACGAUUAUGGACGAGAUUUUGCUACAGUUGAUGCAUUGUUACGGAAACAGACUGCCCUCGAACGUGACAUGAGCGCAAUUCACCAAAAACUCAUCGCUCAUGAUAAAGAUGCUCAGAAUAUUCUUGCUAAGAAACCUCCACUCAAGCAUACCAUCCUGGACUCGUUGAAGAAACUCGAAGAAAGUUGGAAGGAGCUGAGCCAAGCAGCCGAGUUGCGAAACGAGAACCUCGACAAAUCAUACAAGCUCCAUAAAUAUAUCGAUCAAGUGAAAAAAGCAGAGCAAUGGGCAGCACAGCUUCGGAACAAAAUGACAUCGUACCAGCAACCGAAGACGAGUGCAGAAGCUGAACAGCUGAUCGCUCAACAUGCGGAGCGGCGAGCUGAAAUCGACGGCCGCCAGGAUGAGCUACAUGUGUUACAUGAGGAAGGGCAGCGUCUUAUUGCCGAACAACCAGAACAUAAACCAGAGGUACAGCGCGCUCACAAGCGCGUCCAAAACUCUGAACACCAGCUAAGGCAGACAUGGGAAGCCGAGAAGGCGAGUUGA